AGCUAUAGGUCAUUUUACUUGUCUGGUUGUGCUUGUUUGAAAUGCAGAGAAUACCUGUGUGACAUGGAUCCGUUAUAGCCAAUAUGUUCUUAGUUUAUUUAUUACAUAUAAAUAAACAAAUUUUAUGUUCUGUAUGUAACAAAUGAAAACUUCCUGAUUCAGUGUGCUGUAUACAUGUGUGAAUACAUAAGAACUUUCUACUUGAACGACUUUGUCACCUAGUUUCCAUUUGUGCAAGUCUUGCGCACUAGUCAUGCGCACUACUGAAGCGAAAUUGACAAGACAUGGCGCUUUGGGAAGGAGCUCGCCGUUUGCAUCUGACUGCUAAUCGUAGCCUUUAUCAAGCAACAUCAAUUUGUAUUAAUAGACAGUUAUCAGAAAAUGCAUCCUCCAAGGUCAAGGUCGCCUCCAGUCCCGAAACAACUGACCACAUACUUUAUACAUCGGAGCAUUUUGCACUGAAGGAAUCCCUAAAGAAGAUUGUGGACCAGGAAAUCAACCCCCAUGUGGACCAGUGGGAGGAAGAGGGACUGUUUCCUGCUCACAAGAUUUUCAAGAUCCUUGGAAGCGCUGGGUUUCUAGGAGUCACCAAGCCCGUUGAGUAUGGAGGCAUGGGACUGGACUUUAGCUACAGUGUUGCCGUCGCAGAGGAGCUGGGCAGCAUCAACUGUGGUGGGAUCCCCAUGGCCAUCGGAGUGCAAACGGACAUGGCCACACCUGCACUGGCCAGAUUCGGCUCCGCAGCGCUGAAGACAGAGUUCCUGCUGCCAUCCAUAAUGGGGGACAAAGUGGCGUGCCUGGGGGUUAGCGAAGUUGGGGCCGGCUCCGAUGUCGCAAGCAUCAAAACAAAAGCAGUGCGAAAGGGGGAUGAGCUUGUUAUUAAUGGAGGCAAGAUGUGGACCACUAACGGGACUCAGGCCGACUGGAUGUGUCUGCUAGCCAACACGAGCGACGCCGCUCCACACAAAAACAAGUCCCUCAUCUGUCUGCCAAUGAACACACCAGGGGUCCAUAUUGCCCGUAAGAUUGGUAAGAUGGGGAUGUGGGCCUCGGACACAGCUGAGGUGUUCUUCGAUGAUGUGCGAGUGCCGUGCCAGAACAUCAUUGGCCAGGAAGGGAUGGGCUUCACUUACCAGAUGCUGCAGUUCCAGGAAGAGAGACUGUGGGCGGUGGCCAGUGUCAUGUCUAUGAUGGAUAAGGUGAUCCAGGAGACCAUCAAGUACACCCGGCAGAGGAAGAUCUUCAACCAGCCCGUGCUCUAUCACCAGGCCGUGCACUUCCGGCUGGCCGAGCUGGAGACGGAGUUGGAGCUGCUGCGCUCCCUUUUGUACCGCGCCACAGGUAUGUACAUCAAGGGCCAAGACGUGACCAAGCUGGCCUCCAUGGCCAAGCUGAAGGGAGGCCGGCUGUGCCGGGAGUUGGGCGACAGCUGCUUGCAGUACUGGGGAGGGAUGGGCUUUACCAGUGACGUGCUUGUCAGCAGGUUCUACAGGGACUCCAGAUUAUUGUCUAUCGGAGGUGGGGCGGACGAAGUCAUGCUGGCCAUCAUAUGCAAGUACAUGGACACCCUGCCCAGGAAGUGAAAUAACAGUAUUCACUGCUCAUUUUCAUAAUCAAUUACAUAAGUGCACUUAUUUAACAAUGUUUAAAAGAUGACCAUGUUUCAGUAAGAAUGGUUAAUUCAGUGCCUGAACGUUUUUAUCUGUAUAUAAUUAGAAUGGUCUUUGCUCAUGUUAAUCUUAGUGUAGAUAUAGUGUGAAUAUUUGUACAGCCUUAGGAAAUGUUAUCAUGAAAUGCUUCUGUAUUUGUUGUGUUUAUAACAGAGGUAAAUUAAUUAAAAA